UUUUUUUUGCGCCGCAGCGUUUGAAAAUAGUUUUUCAUCCCGGAAAAUAAUGGAAAUCGAUGAUUUAAAGGAACCUGCUGCUGCGGAAGAAGAGGAUGCACUUUGGUCCAUUGAAGAUGAUACAUUGUUUCAGCCUUGUGGUUUAAUAAGCCACUCAUCAUCCAGUAACAACAAAACCAAAUCCGUUUUCGUCAUCUGGAAUGAAUAUUACUUGAUCAACUAUCGCUUCAAGAAGUCCAAGAAAACGAAUCGAAUGGAAAUGACCAAAGUGCGCAUUCCACUGCCCAACAACAGUCACUUGCGCAGCAUUCACAUGCUGGAGUACAAUACCCUGCUGUUAAUGUCUGAUGGGAGAGUUCAUUGUUUUGGUUCGAUUAAAUCGCUGCACAACAUUUCCUGGCUGAAAGGUGUGCGAGCAUUUGCUCGAUCCCUUGAGGGAUUCAGUGUGAUACGGCACAAUGAGGAGACGCAACAGUUGCUGCUGGAGGUGUAUUUGGAUUUACCCAGUUUGGGCAAGGGAGAGAGCACAUUGCAACACAGCUACGACAUUACCUACGAUGAGCAGAAUAUAUUCCAAUGCGACUGGCUGAAUGAUAACUAUACGUUGUUGUCGAUCACCGUUUCCCAGCAGCAGGAGAAGUUCAUGCAGUGCUUAUUUGGCACUGCAGCAAUCGCAGAUAAACAACUACAUAUCUUUAGCAUCGCUGGACACGUAUUUGCGCUCAUUCCACAGGAUGGUGAUGGUGAUGGAGGUGGAGAUGCAGAGUCGGAGCAGGCAUAUAAUAUAGAGCUACUAUGCGUAUACGCAACAUCUGUUAAUUUCAUGCGUGUUCUGCCCGCACAGAAUCUGUGUCUGGUUUACCUUAGCUGCGGCAGUGUGGACAUUUGGUAUAUGUCCCAACUUCUGGGUAUUAAGCAACGCCAGAUGCACUACACCGGUGCCGAUUGGCUGGACUACGAUGCCAGCAGUGACAACGGUGACUUUUACUACACGGACGGCGAGCAGCUGAUGCGUCUUAGAUUCCAAUAUGAUGUCCAGUUGGAUGAUUGUCUGGUGCAGCGUUGUGUGAAGCCUGUGACAGGCAUGCAAGCCUGCACUUGGGUACAACACAUUGAGCAGUUGGUUUGCCUCAGCGACAAUAACAUAUUCUACCGCAUUGCCUUCAGCUUGGAGACAGCGACAGCUGCAGCCGAAGAUGCAGGCGUCCUCAGCGAUCUGACGCCGGCAGCCAUUGAGAGACUACGUAGCAACGCACAGAUUCUGGAACAAUAUGAACAGCAGCCAGCUCAGCUAUUGGCUGCCAUACAGCGGGAGCAUGAGAAGCAACAACUUGUGGCCGUUGCUCGCAAUGAAUCAUGGCUUGAGAACGGCAUGGAGGCGACGCUGGAGUUUCGACGACAUCUGCCAGUGUACGGAACUGAUGUGCUUCUACUGUAUACAGCAAGACAGAUGGAACUCGAUAGCUGUGGUUGUUUUGCCAUCUUGGAGUUGAAGUGGCAAAAUAGUCAACUAUUGCUGCAAAGCAGCUACUGGCAAUUACUUGUUUAUCAUGGCCAAGAUGCGCAUGUGCACCGGGUACCAACGGACUUGCUUUUAAGCCGAAAGUGUCUGAUCAUUAUACCACUGAAAAAGAUUGUAAAUAUGCGACUGCCUGAGUUUACAUUGAAAUUUGUGGCAUUCCUGGAGUUGCAAUCACAAAUCAAUGCAGUUUUGUUGCCUCUACAGUUACAGGAAACCCGUGAAGCAUACAGAGCACUUUUUAGUGGACAACUUUACUCUCUAAAUCUGUACAAUAAGCAACAGGCAGCAGAUAUGUUAACCAAUACGAGCGAAAAGAAGUCUAAGUCAGAAAUCCAACAAAAGAUUAGACAACCUAGCAGUCUUACCUUAGAGCAAAUUGCAAACAUAUGCAAUGCCAGUGGCAGAAGUUACGAUAAAAAACUGGAACUGUACUUUUUUGAUAGCAAGUUAAGUAUUGCAAGCACUGUGGAGGAUAAUCAAAAUGUCUUAACACUUCAAACUGAAGAUGUAUCUGCACUAUAUCAUUUUAAACAGCAUUUGUUUUUGAAUGUGGAUCCAGUAGAUGAGAGUAUACCAACGGUUGAAGCAGUCCAAUUGAAAGUUAUGAAACUACAACAUGACAUUGAACGAUUUUAUGGGUCCCAAAACACUGAGGACGGUGAAGAAAAUGUCGAAAUUCAUUUAGAAUCAUUGUUAUUAAAAUAUAAUACUCUGCGUAAUACUAUUCUUUAAAA